AUGUUUGCUUCCAAGCCAGAAGAGCCAAAGCAGCAGCAACGGCAGCAGCAGCAAAAGCCGCCGCAGCAGCAGCAAAAGCCGCCGCUGCAGCAGCAGCAGAAUCAGCAACGGCAGCAGCUGCAGCAGCAAAGUCAGCAGCAGCUGCAGCAGCAGCAGCAAAAGGAGCAAGAGCAGAAGGAUCAGGAGCAAGCACUUUCACACUCAAAGCCGGUGGAGAAGGCUGCUCCUGGUGAACAGCAGCAGCAGCAGCCACAGCAGCAGCAGCAGCAGCAGCCGCAGCAGCAGCAGCAGCCGCAGCAGCAGCAGCAGCCGCAGCAGCAACCGCAACAGCAUCGUCGAAAGGAUGAGGCGAAGGAAAACCAUCAUGGCCCACAGCAACAAAGACAGGACUAUAAGCUGCAGCAGCAGCAGCAAGACGAGCCGCAGCCGCAGGAUAAGCAGCAGCAACAGCAGCAGCCCAAGGAGCAGCAGCAAAGCGAAGGCCACCAAACGCCUAGACACAAGUCAAAUUCUGUAGCUCCCAUUCCCGAAGCGUCUGCAGCAGCAGCAGCAACGGCAGCAGCAGCAGCAGCAGCAAGAACACCAGCAGCAACAGCUGCAGUGGCGGAGCCGGAGCCCCCCGCGGCUGCUGCUGCAGCUGCGACUUCUGCUGCAGCCCUGCGCUCCCCUCGUGCAGCUGCCACGAAAGCAGCACGAAGCAGCAGCAGCAGCAGCAGAAUAAGAAGAAGCAAGAACAAGCUCUCUUGGGACCUGCCGCCCGCAGGCGAGAAGUUUCCAAGUGGCCUUGAAAAGCGCAUGCAGGAGGCCGGCAAUGGCCGCAGCACUCCGCAGCAGCAGCAGCAGCAACAGCAGCUUUGA